AUGGCACUUGACAAUGAUGAGGACAAGAACAGUCUCAACCAGGCUAAUUCCAUAUUCUCAUUCAUUAUGUAUUCUCUUUUUCAGAUACUUCUACUAAUCAUUAAUACCUACUCUAUACCAAUCGAUAACUCUUUGUUCGGAGACGUUCAAGUGGAAUGCGAUUCUCGAACUAUUUCAAUUCAAAUUAAAACUGAAAAACCAUUUUUUGGAACAAUAUUUGUGAAAGAUUUCGCAUCAGAACCAAUAUGUGUUUCCAGAGGAACUGGUCGCCUUUCUGCAUUUUUGGAAUUUGAAAUUGGUUUAUGUGGAGCUCUGAGACAACGUAUUCUGAAUCCCAAAGGGACUGUUCCAUACUUCGUCACGAAGAUUGAUAGAAGUUAUAACUUACUUUGCCUAUACAAAGAGAUCGAAACAACAGUAAAUAACAACAUUGAAGUGGAUGAGAUCUCAACUGCUAGUGUUAGCGAAAAUCUAACAAUGCCAGACUGUACGUAUCAGAUCCUUGUUGGUGGACCAUUCGGAGAACCAGUGCGAUUUGGCUUGGUUGGUCAACAAGUUUAUCAUCAGUGGAAAUGCGAGAAUGAUAAUGAAGACUCCUUCUGUAUGGUUGUUCACACUUGUUCAGCUGACGACGGGAAAGGAGAACACGCAUUUUUGCUGGAUUCGAAUGGUUGUUCAAUCGACAAGUUUCUUCUUUCAAAUCUUGAAUAUCCUGGAAACCUUCUAGCUGGACAAGAAGCGCACGUCUACAAGUUUGCAGACAGAGAUGCACUUUUCUUUCAGUGCCAGAUUUCAAUAACAGUGAAAGAGCCUGGUGAGGAAUGUGCUAGACCAAUAUGUUCCGAUACAAGACCGGAAGGAGGUGGAGCUCCAGUUGGAUUGCCUCCACCGUAUGGUAAACCUUUGGAAUGA